AUGUUCAACCAGCACAGUUAAUUCUUAUGGAUAUUCCGGAAUAAAACAAAGAAACGGUGGCUAUGGACUUAGCCCCAACCAAUUAAUAAUUUGCAUUAAUCAAUCAAUCAACCAAUCAGCUUCACAAUUUGGGGUUGUCAUUAAGGGUCCAGCCAAUCAGAGUGGUUGUGUGUUCCAUGUACCGUACAAUCAUAGUAACACGACUCAGGAUAAGACCCAGAUCCAGACACAGGAGGCAAACCAUUUGAAUCUCAGAUGUUUAUUACAAGACAGGGGGCAGACAGCAGGUCAAGGGCAGGCAGAGGUCCAUAGUCCAAGGCAGCGUGAAUAAGGGACAGAACGGCAGUCAGGGUCAGGGCAGGCAGAAUGGUCAGAACCAGGAGGACUAGAAAUCAGAAACUAGAGCGACUGGAAAACGGGAAACCACGCUGCUAAGACUUGGCAAGACAAGACUAACUGGCAACAGACAAACAGAAAACGCAGGUAUAAAUACACAGGGAAUAAUGGGGAAAAUGGGAGCCACCUGGUGGGGGGUGGAGACAAGCACAAGACAGGUGAAACAGAUCAGGGUGUGACACAGAGUGGUUAUGUGUUGUACAGGUCAUCCAGACCAUCAGUGCUGUGGACAAGGACGAGCCUCCCAGUGGUCAUCGCUUUUACUUUGCCUUGGCUGCAUCUGUGGCUGGCAACUCCAACUUCACUCUCAGAGACAACAAAGGUAGGUGUUUUCUCCUCGUCAAAGUACACCAAUUAACUCACAACAGAGAAGAAUGUGAGGAAAAUUUUAAAUCAAAAGGGAUUAGAGUGUAAGGUCUGUAAAUCCAGGGUCAACCAUGGCCAUAACAGUACUGCAAGUAUGGAUUGAGAAGUUUUUCUUGUUUUCUUCACAUUUCAAGACCUUUUCGAUUGAUAGUACAUUCAAGUCAUUUAGCAGACGCUCUUAUCCAGAGCGACUUACAGUUUGUCAGUGCAUACAUUACUUUUUUAAUUUUUCAUACUGGCCCCCUGUGGGAAUCCAGCCCACCUACCAACUGAGCUACAUCCCUGCCAGCCAUUCCCUCCCCUACCCUGGGCCAAUUGUGCACCACCCCAUGGGUCUUCCGGUCACGGCCAGCUACGACAGAGCCUGGAUUUGAACCAGGAUCUCUAGUGGCACAGCUAGCACUGCGAUGCAGUGCCUUAGACCACUGCGCCACUCAGGAGAUAGUAGUUGCUGAAACAAACUUUCUGAGAAUGAUUCUGAUGGCUUAUUCAUGUUUGUUUCACCUUUAAAUCCAUUUUAUGGAUAGGAAUAUCCAUGAAUGUUAAUGCAGGUUUAGAAGUGUGGAGGCAAAAACAGGUUUUGAAAUGUCAUGACCCAAUUUGAAAGUAUAAUUUAAUCUUUAAUGGUUUCAUGCCCAUUUGCACAAAAUAUUUUCCUCCUCUGUAAAUAUUGUCUGGACUUCUAUUCCUCACUUGUUAUGAUUCAUAUUUCAUUGCUGGUCAACUAAAUUUGUAAAUCAAACCAACAAUGUAAUUUCUCAACAGGUGGCAUAGAAGAGAAUGGAAUAUCUUUGAUAUCUUACUUAUAUUAAUUAUUGGCUCCAUCUGUUGAUUUUCUUGUAUUCUCUUUGUGAAUGAAAAGAGAACAUAAUGGCACAUAAAACAAACUACAAAACUAGUCGCUGUAGCUGGUGCUGUACCAUAUGUAUUCAUGCAAAUGACCAAUUGACAACGUCAUCUGUGAGAUACAGCAUUUCAUAUAUACUGAACAAAAAUAUGCAACAAUUUCAAAGACUUUACUGUUCAUAGAAGGAAAUCAGUCAAUUGAAAUAAAUUCAUUAGGCCCUAAUCUAUGAAUUUCACAUGACUGGGCAGGGGCGCAGCCAUGGGUGGGCCUGGGUAGCUAGGCCCCACGAUCCUGCAGGUGUUUCGAGAAAGGUGCAUGAUAAUGGUCCAUUCUAAAUCAAAACAAAAUUCACACAUAUAUUAUUUAGUAUAUGUAAAGACAAGAUUAAAUCAAGAAUAGUGUGAUGGGUGACAAUAUUAGCCUAUCACUUGUGAAUGAUAUAUUAUCACUUGUGAAUGAUGCCCAGCUGUUGCCAUGCUUUUUUUUUUGUGACAUUUUCCAAAUCAUAGUCACACACCUCAUGUAGCCUAGCCCAUAGGCCUAUAUGUUUUGAUAAGGUUUAUAUCACAACUAAAGUAGCCAAAUAACUUACACAUACAUGUGUUUAGCAGAUGCUAUUGCGGGUGUAGCGAAAUGCUUGUGCUUCUAGCUCCGACAGUGCAGUAAUAUCUAACAAGUAAUAUCUAACAAUUUCACAACAUAUACCCAAUACACACAAAUCUAAGUAAGGAAUGGAAUUAAGAAUAUAUACAUGGACGAGCAAUGACAGAGCGGCAUGGACUAAGAUACAGUAGAAUAGUAUAGAAUACAGUAUAUACAUAUGAGAUGAGUAAUGCAAGAUAUGUAAAUAUUAUUAAAGUGACUAAUGUUCAAUUUCUUAAAGUGGCCAGUGAUUUCUAGUCUAUGUCUAUAGGCAGCAGCCUCUAAUGUGCUAGUGAUGGCUAUUUAACAGUCUGAUGGCCUUCAGAUAGAAGCUGUUUUUCAGUCUCUCGGUCCCAGCUUUGAUGCACCUGUACUGACCUCGCCUUCUGGAUGAUAGCAGAGUGAACAGGCAGUGGCUCGGGUGGUUGAUGUCCUUGAUGAUCUAUGUAAUGAUCAUGCUGUUCAAUCAGCUUCUUGAUAUGUCACACCUGUCAGAUGGAUGGAUUAUCUUGGCAAAGGAGAAAUGCUCACUAACAGGGAUGUAAACAAAUUUGUGCACAACAUUUGAGAGAAAUAAGCUUUUUGUGCGUAUGGAAACUUUCUGGUAUCUUUUAUUUCAGCUCGUGAAACGGGACCAACACUUUACAUGUUGUGUUCACAUUUUUGUUCAGUGUAUAUAGUAACAGUAUACACUGAUUGUUAUACCACAGUUAAUGAAAUACUGUAUGUAGAUUAUAUAAAUCAUUCAGUCUGUAUGCUGUCCUAAUAUAGACAAUGUACUAUAUCAGCUUGUAUCAGGACUGUGCAGGAUUUGAUCUCAUACUCUUCCCCUUCUUCCUUCUUCCUGACUGAUCUGGUUCAUCAUGCUCCUCCCUUCCAGACAACACAGCGUCCAUCGUAACGAAACGUGGAGGGUUCCGGAGACGGGAGCAGGUGCUGUACCAACUGCCUGUGUUGAUCGUAGACAGUGGAAGCCCCGCACUCAGUAGCACCAACACCCUAUCAGUGAGCGUGUGUGACUGUGACUCGGACGGCGUAGCCCAAUCGUGUGGGGUCGUGGCGUACACACUUCCUGCCGGCCUCAGUACAGGGGCCCUUGUCGCCAUUCUGGGCUGCAUCAUUACACUCCUGGGUAAGAACAACCAUAAUGUCAACUACUGGAGACAGUGUGCAUGUUUGAGAUACACAGAUUCUUCACAGGUCUACAUAGGUCAACAUAUCUUCACCAUGCCUGGAGCAAUGUUUAACCUAUCAAUUUGCUAUGCAAUCCUAUAUUCUGUGCAAACCUGCACAUAUGCACAUUCUUAUGUUGUCUUCAGUUCUUGAAUGAUCAUAAAAAUAAAAAUAAAGAACUUACUAAUGUGAUUGUACAUUUUGUGUGUAGAUAUGGUAAUGUCUUUGUGGGUAUAGGGGCAGGAUAUGGGUAUAGGAUUCUCAAUUUUGGGCUGGUUUUGACUGUACCUGGGUUUUUGAUGUGUGUCUCUCAUGAUGAUAACACUAGUCACAUUUGCUAUGAGCGUUUGUUAUUAAUGAUUCCACUUAGAUUUAAUUAACUUAGCAACAAAGAAAAUGCAGCAGCGAACCCUCACAAAUGAUUGCCCAUGAAGUCCAGAGACAGGGUUUUUAUACCACAUCAGAGCACAGUCAGAAGAAUACUUUAAUGCGCUGGCAAACUUAAUUAAACGCUGAAAUGGAGUCUAAAUAGGAUAUACAAUAACAAACAUUUUGGUUUUUUGAUAGGGUCAGCCAAAACUCACUUUCAUUUAAAUUCGCAAAAAUGUGCUUAAUUUGUAUUGCUAAGGAGAAUACUUUUUGUAAUGAAUGAGAGAUUGAAAAGAGCAACACGGGAAAGACGUAGUGACGGGGCUCUGAACCCAGCAUUGCUAAUGAAAAGACUCCAUGGCCCCAGGCCUCAGGCUUAGAAUGAAUGGCCUCCAGUCCAAGCCUGUUUCUGUGUCUGUGUGUGUGUCUGCGUGCAUGCGCUGUCCGUGGGCUCACGUGUCCUUGUCUGUGCUGCUUAACUUAGUCUCCUUCUACUCCAUUCUCUCUAUCAUCCACUUCUCCUUCUCUUCUAUCCCAUUCCCCUUCUCCCUGUUCGACCCUCCUCCAACCCCCCCCCCCCCCCCCUUGCAUUAACACCCUGUGCACAACCCUUCCCGUCCUGGCUCCCAGAUCUUGUGUGCCUCCAUCAAGGCCUAUUUCAAUCUGCGCUGCUGUAAUUGGGGAUGUGAUUGCGUGUGAUUGCAUUGUUUUGGUUGAGAGGAGAGCUCAGAAAAAGACCAGAGGUGCUGCUGCUGUCAUCCUCAGGUGCUGUCAGCACAGGUGUCCUCCAGCCGUAGUAGAGCAGAACAGACUUCACAAUCUCUCUUUCUCUCGCUCUUCUCUCUCUCAUCAAAGAAAAGUAGGGACUCCAUCCCCACACCAACAACUUCUAUUCAUCUUUCAUCACUGAGUAGAGUAGCUAUAAUGACGGGUGGCUAAGAUCGCAUGUGAAAAUUGAACAGCAACUCCUUGAGAUGUACCAACCUGUUUUCUUUGUUGAUUGAUAAGAGCCCUCUUCACAAUGUCCAUGAGUUUCAACCACUCACCAGCUCACUUACCUACCAUAUGGUUAUGUGUGACUAUUGUGUGUGUGGUUGUGGGUGGCUAUGUACUGUUUUUCUAUUAAACUGGACUGUCAUUAAUUUUAGGUCCGUAUGACAUUUAAGUAACACAUCUGCUGUUAUCAUUUAGAAGACAUGUCCUCUAUGUCUUCCACUAAGUUGUACAGCCUCAAAAUAUUAUAUAUUUCUUCCCACAUAUUUUUAGCCUUAAUCUAAAUCCUUUUUGGAGAUGAAUGUCCCCAUGGUCAUAGUCACAUUGACACUGCAAAAGAAAGUUGGCAAGUCAUUAUUUGAAACGAUUUAGCAACUUUUUAUUUUUUGCGGUGCGGGUCAGGUGAUGCGUACUGUCAGACACGACCAAUUAUGGCUUUUAAGUAGCACCCCCUCAGCGCCAGACGUCUGUUGCCAUGACUAUUGUCACUCAAACCGAAUGAUUGUCUCACUACCCUGGCCACUCUGUCUGAAUUUGCCUGAAUAUGAAAAAGUAGAGGACCACAGUCCCAGCUACUCGUGUAUAUAUGACUUACUGAUUGAUUUAGUGAUGAUUAACACAACUACUGUUGUGUUAACAGUAGUUGAGUAUAGGCAAUACACCAAAUGUAUAAUUUUAUUGACAUAAAUAUUGUCUCCAUAAGACAUAUUGUCCUCAUAAUGAUGUGUCCAUUAGUCCUUUUGUCAUCAGAAUGUAGUUGUCUUUAUAAUUAUGCAGAAAUAUGGGAGGUUUGUGGUUUGUAAGUGACACAGGCAGUGAAUAAUCAGCCUGAGGUUUUGACAGAGCUAAGCAAGCUAGAGGAGAGGCAGAGUGGUGAUGAUGAGGAGGGGGCGUUUUGCUUCAGUUCAUUAUAACGAUGUACACUACCAAGGAGAGCCAGGGCAGCACAGAAAACUCUGCUUGCACAGUAUUGAUUGUGCUUGAUGGAUCUUUUAAACAAUUGAAUUACAGCAAAUCCAGGUUGUUUUUGAUUUGCCAUCUGCAUCUAUACAGUGUAGAUCCACUAUAAAGAGGGUAUUUAUUUAUAUGAAGGCUGGCUGAAUAAUGUCCAGUGUGGUGGUCAUUGUAUUGAAGCCACUUGAUGACUGUCACAGUGGGUUCUUUUGUAUGCUCAGCCAUCUUCCUACAGCCACUCGUAAGGCAUGAUUGGCUCCUGGCCAACACCCAGUAUGUGAUGAUGACGCACAGCAUAGCGUCUUCUAGGUAUUCAACCCUAAAAGCUUUGCUGGAAAGCAAUGAAGAUAUUCUCUUUCAAUGUGCCGCCAUAUCAUGAUUAAUCUGGAAAAGCAUUACCGAAAUGAAUGGAAUCUGGAGAGCUUUAAGCAACUAUACAAUCAGAGGCAAACCAAUAUACUAUUCACCUCGUAGAUUCCAAGGGAUGUGUCAUCUUUCAACAUAGAAUUUCACAAAAGCUAUACAAUUACACGCAUAGAAAAUUAUAUCAACAUUCCAAAUCAUGGCCAGCGGUAGUAGCAGUAGUGAGGGCAACAGACCAGUGGUAUUGACAGAUUAAACCAUGGUUGAGUAGUAACACACUGUAGCUAUUAGAGCCAUGCAUUCAGAAAGCCAGUCACCAAACAGCAGUCAGAAGGCUCUCCAUUCAUCAGCGUCUCCCCGAGCCAUUUAUGUAACAGCCCCACCCCUUCCAUCUUCUCCAUUUGCUCUCUUAUUACGAGGUGUGAAGCGGUGUUUGCCUUCGCUUUCCCAGGCCCUUCUCUCUAGCCUGCGGAAGCCAGACGCAGCAAAGGGAAGAAAUAUGGUCCCACAGUGCGAUAUUUCACUGGCACCAGUGCGACAUUGAUGGAUGAAGGAUCAUUAGACAUUUGCCAGUUUGCUUCGGUGUGGAGAGUUAUUUUCAGCAAUAAUAUAUGGGACCAGGGAUUGGAGAGGGGCGCCUGGAAGUUCAGAAAUUCCGGUUACGGGAAGUUUUCUGUCAUUUUGGAAGUGGUGCGCAAAAUGGAGGAUGUAGGAGAGAAAUGUAUUGAUGCAAGGACAUAUUCAUCUGAACUGUUUCAACAUUUUAAUUUCACAUUCAUCAAAUAUGGGCUAUUAUUUUACGUAGAUGUAUCAUCCAAAUGUACUGUGCCUUUAUAUUGAAUAACAAUAGGUCAUUGCAAGUAUGCUAAUGCUGAUGGUGAAUAAACAUUGACCCAGACUCUUCUCUUCCCUUGUUCAGUGAUGGUGCUGCUGAUUGUGUCGAUGCGUCGGAGGAAAAAGGAGCCCUUGAUCCUGGAGGAGGAGAGGGACGUGAGGGAGAACAUCGUCCGCUACGACGACGAAGGUGGAGGAGAGGAGGACACGGAGGCCUUCGACAUGGUGGCCCUCCGCAACCUCAACGUCAUCAGAGACCCCAAGGUCCGGCGAGACGUCACCCCUGACACCCCCACCUUCUUCCCCUACCCGACAUCCUCCUCCUCGCUUCCCGUCUACAAGACCCUGCCGGACAACGUGGUGUUCCGAGAGUUCAUUUGGGACCGGCUAAAGGACGCAGAUGUUGAUCCGUCAGCUCCGCCAUAUGACUCUUUGCAGACAUAUGCCUUCGAGGGGAAUGGUUCGGUAGCUGAGUCGUUAAGCUCCCUGGAGUCACUAAGUACAGACUCAGAGCAGAACUACGACUAUCUCAGCAACUGGGGGCCGCGUUUCAAAAAGCUAGCCGACCUGUACGGCGACGGCAACAACGUGUUCUCAUAG